GAUCUCACUCGACAUCGGCAGCACUAAAUUCAGACAUGGCAGAGCUGUUGCUCGAUCCGGAUAUUAGGAUAUGGGUUUUCCUGCCAAUUGUAGUAAUUACUUUUCUUAUUGGCAUAGUGAGGCACUAUGUCUCCAUCCUGAUUUCUUCGACCAAGAAAGUGGAGCUGCAACAAGUCCAGGAUAGUCAAGCACUUAUCCGUAGCAGAUUCCUUCGAGAAAAUGGGAAGUACAUUCCAAAGCAGAGUUUUCUAAUGCGUAAGAACUUCUUCAACAAUGAGGAGACCGGCUACUUCAAGACGCAGAAGCGGACGCCCGUCAUGCAGAACCCGAUGACUGAUCCCUCAGUGAUGACCGACAUGCUCAAGGGAAACCUGACCAAUGUCCUGCCCAUGAUUGUCAUUGGUGGCUGGAUCAACUGGACCUUCUCAGGAUUUGUCACCACAAAGGUUCCAUUCCCACUGACCCUGCGCUUCAAGCCCAUGUUGCAGCGUGGUAUUGAGCUCAUGUCACUGGAUGCCUCUUGGGUCAGCUCAGCAUCGUGGUAUUUUCUGAAUGUUUUUGGGCUGCGCAGCAUCUACGCCUUGGUGCUUGGAGAAAAUAACGCUGCGGACCAGACAAGAGUGAUGCAGGACCAGAUGUCUGGUGCUGCACUGGCAAUGCCUCCAGACCCCAAGCAGGCCUUCAAGGCUGAAUGGGAAGCCCUCGAGAUUUGUGAGCACCAGUGGGCCAUGAAAAAUGUUGAGGAAGAGCUGCUGGGAAAUGUUGCUGCCUCUGAGAAACCAAGCACUAGCAAGAAGUAUGACUGAGCUGUGCAAGGAGCUUGUGUAUUCAUUCGUCUUUCUCAUGUGCUGCACCGAGGAAAAUUUUUAUGCUGCCAGACUUGCACCCCUGUUGAGAUCUUGUUUAUAGCUUUUAUGUUUUUGUUUUGAUGUGUGUGUUGUGGUGGAAUUAUUGUGGGAACCCUGUGCUGUGCACAAAUAAAAGAACAAAAUUCUGGAAACUC